AUGCCGGACCCUGAAGACGAUAAAAGGGGUUUUUGUAAAGUUCGCAAGUGUUCAUUAAUUGCAUAUAAGGAAGAUCUUUUGUUGCACAGAAAAUCAAGAAAGCAUCUUGAGUCUGAGAAAAAAUAUAACGCUGGUCCCACCAAAAAAAUUAUUCAGUUUUUGACGACUAAUAUUUUAAAGAAAAGAAAAGUCGCAGAAUUGAAAGUAGCUGCUUUUAUUGCGGAGCAUUGUUCCACAAGAACGGCAGUUCAUUUAAGUGAAUUACUUAAUAGUCUAGAUGAUAAUUCCGAAUUACUCAAGGGAGUAAAAUUUCAUCGAACGAAAUGUACUGCCUUAAUCUUAAAUGUUAUUAGUCCAUGCUUGUUGGAAGAUCUAAUCCUUGAUGUUGGAAAUGAAAAUUAUUCUUUGAUAAUUGAUGAAAGCACGGCCAUCGACUGUACCAAAAUGAUGUCUACCAGCUUCAAGUCAUUAAUCAAUGAGGAUGUUGAUGCUACUGUCAGCGAAUGGAAUGCUCUUCAUCGAGUAGAAUGGGAGCAUCCAGAAACAGCUGAAUCUUUUUGGGUUGAAGUAUCCGAAAACAAAAAUGCCUUGGAUGCAAAUCGGUUUGAAAGGAUAUCUAAAUUAGCACUAGCUCUUCUUCCGCUACCAUUUUCCAAUGCUACUGUGAAAAGAGCAUUUUCACUUGCAAAUCUGAUUAAAGAGAAGUUGCGAAACCGACUAGCAAUUAGUAGUGCAGAGUCCAUAAUUAGACUGCGGUUCCAUCUUAUGAACAACGGUUGUAUCAAUUUUGUGCCAAGUGAAAAUAUGUUAAACAAAUUUAAUGCUAAUAUGUAUAAUACUAAUAAUCGAGAAGAAAAUGAAGCUAUAUUGAAUAUAUUUGCCGAAAUUAAUAAUUAA